GAAACUUCCAUUUUUAUUUUUUAAAUCAUUUUAUUAAAUAUUAUAUUUUGAUAGAAAUCAUAGAGAACAAAUUCAUGCAAAUUUUUUAUAUGAAAUUAUAGUUUUAAUCGAACGAUUCGUUUUGAUUAAAAAAAAAAAAAGAAAAAAAAAGAAAAUACAUAUAAACAAAAUUUUUUAUAUGAAAAAUUGUAAUAUUCUUUUAUAAAUCCUAUAUAUAAAAUGAUGGCAACAUUUAAUCGUUUUUUCGGAUUUUGGACAAAUGAUUCUAAAAUUGACGAAGCUACAGGACUCACAGAAAGACAAAAAAAACUUGUACAGAAUACGUGGGCUAUUAUAAAGAAAGAUCAAGUUGCAUCCGGCUGUGCUAUAAUGUUGGCCUAUUUCAAGAAAUUUCCGGAACAUCAGCAAAGUUUCCCAGCAUUUAAAAAUAUGCCAAUAGAUCAACUAAAUAACAAUAAAAAAUUUCAAGCUCAUUGCGCAGGUAUAAUAGCUACAAUAAGUACCGUCAUUGAUUCUUUACAAGAUUUUGAUCUAUUAGUAGAAAACGUAACUAUUUUUACGGAAAGACAUAGGAAACGUGGUCAGACUGUAAAAUCGUUUGAGGAUUUAAAACCGGUAGUAGCGGAAGUUCUUCGAGAAGCUUUAGGAAAACAGUUCACAUUGGAAGUAGAAGAAGCAUGGAAUAAAACAUUGGACGUUUUCUUUUCGAAAAUAUAUGAAAUUUUGGGUUAAAA